AACCACUCCUUGAGCAACAGUCACAAGAUCAAUCAUCGCUUGAUCCAGAGCUGCAAGACCUGCCACCCCUUGAGCAACAGUCACAAGAUCAACCACCGCUUGAUCAAGAACUGCAAGAUCAACAACUAGAUCAACAGCUGCAAGAGGAACCACUCCUUGACCAACAGUUACAAGAUAGCCCACCACUUGACCAACAGCUGCAAGAUCAGCCAUCUGAUCUACAGCUGCAAGAGGAACAGCCAGAGAAACAGCUGCAAGAACAGCAACAAGGAGAACAAGAACAACAGCUGCAAUUACAGCCAGAAGGGGUAAUCGAAGCCGAGCCCCAACAAUUAGAGGCUCCAGUGGAAGCCCCAGUGGAAAACUCAGUGGAAAACUCAGUGGAACCCGAGUCAUCGUCAGCACCUGAAGUCGCAGCGGAAGUCGUACCAGACGUUGCCCCGGAGCCAUUGCUAGAGACAGAACUGGUGCCAGCGCAAGAAGUGGAGCAAGAACAACCACAGGCCACUGUUGAAGAAAUUUCCACAAUCCCUGAACCCGAGCAACAACUCCAACCACCGACCAAUCCUGAAGAGGAUGGUUCUGCCCAAGUGACUGCCCCCGACCUCUCCUCAAGUCAGCAGCUAGACGCGAGUGAUGUCCAGCGAGACCCCGAAGUGCCUCAAGAAUUGCACCAAGAGGAACUAGGAGCACCAGAGCAUCCAGUUCUGGAGGCUGCUGAAACUACUCCGGAGAAUAUCGACGUAUCGAAGGAGCAAGUUGUCGAACCACCUGAGCCGACCCCAGUGACAGCACCACAGACCCCAUUGUUCUCAACAGACCCAACCACGGCUUCCGUAGAGACCCCAUCUGCAACGGAGACUCAAUUCGCUGAGUCGGCAUCUCCCACAAAGACCGACGCUCCAGAGAUUGAGUCACACGCAGCCCCUGUAUCUGACCCCUCCUUUGAGGCAGUUGAGGCAGCACCUACUUCCCCUGCCCGCCAAACUACCCCACCUGUGUCCAAGCCGGCUUCUCCUGUGCCAAAGCACGCUUCUCCCAUACCUAGGGCUGUUUCGCCUGUACCUAGGGACGCUGCACCUACACCCAAAGCCGCUUCGCCGGUUCCUAAGCCUGCUUCACCUGUACCUCUGGCAGCCCCACCCAUGGCUGAAACUGUUUCGUCGAUGCAGGAAGCCGAGCUUCCUGCGGAAGUUAUCCCACCUGCACCGACACCUCCGCCGGUCGCUUCUGUAUAUCAAGAACCUCUGUCCAUGCUACAGAAUCCUUCACCAGUCCAGAAGAUGGCCUCUCCUGUAUCAAAGGCAGCUUCGCCAUUAACGAAGGUCGCCUCUCCUGUCCAGAAAUCUGCAUCGCCAAAAAUUACCAGCCCCCUCGCCCGCCACGCUUAUAUGUCACCGAUGAUAUCCCCGCACGCUACGCCACACGCUACGCCGCCGGUACAGCCGGCAAUGGCUCCUAUGCCCCAUAUGCCCCCUAUGCCUCCUCCGAGUACUGCUCCUAGCGUAGCUAGCUAUGCUACAGCUUAUUCCCCCGUCAUGACCACUGCUGGGUUUAUGCCCCAGUAUGCCUUCUACCCCCCUGGCAUGCAACCCACCCCCCGGAGCUCUAUGGAGCCCAACACCGCGACAGCCUUCCAGCAUUUGCGCGACCUGACUUAUGCCAAUGGGAAUGGAUUCUUCGCCCCUCAGAACGGACAUCACAAUGGCCACAACGGUCAUCACAAGGGCAUGAUGUCGCCUCCAGAGCAUCCUGUUGAAGAACCAAUUGAACUUCUGCAGAGAAUUCAAGACGCCAUCCCAGACAUAAACCGCUUGUUGAGCAGUUACAGAAAUACGAAGAGCAAGCUGCAAGCCCGCGAAGCUGAGUUUCAACAGAUGAAGACCCAGCAUGAGCAGGAUUUGAUGCACAAGGACUUCUAUAUUGAAGCUCUUCAGACGCAAAUGAGGAAAACUGCCAAUGAGGCGGCGGAAGAGUCCACCAAACUGAAGAACACAAUCAACGAACUCCGCAUGGAGCUGGGCAACCUUGACGAGAAGCGGAAAGAUCUCGAGGAGAAGUUGGAGGACUCCGAGAAGUCAAACGAGGAACUGACGCAGAACAAACAUGACCUCGAAGAGGAGGUCAGGACGCUUAACACUAACAUCAAAGACGCCCAAGAGGCUCAUGAGAAGGAAUGUGAGAGGCGCGAACAAGAGAAGGUGGACGCUCUUGCAACUCAGAAACGGGAAAUGACCGAGUCUUUCGAAGAAAUAAAGGCCGAGGAUGAGAAAGCAGCAGCAGAAGCGUUGGCGGCUCGCGAGAAGGAGUUGCUUGACCAGCAAGAAGCAAUGAAGAACGAUUAUGAAGAUCAGAAACGACAGAUGCAAGAAGCACAUGAUACAUUGCAGUCAAACUUCGAUGACAAGGUGAACGAAUUGGAGUCCACCAAGACCGAUCUCGAGAACAAGCACAAGGAACUCGAGGAGACUCGUGUGCAACAUGCCAAUGAAGUUGAACUCCUCAACAACACCCAUGCUGAUCAUGUUGCUGACAUGGAGAGGCGCUGGGCCGAUGAGAGGGGCGAAUUGGAGCAGCGCAUCACGGACAAGUGCGAUGAACUCGCCCACUGUGAGCUCGAAAAGCAGAAGGUGGAAGAGGAUAAUGUUGUCAAGGAGCAACAACUACAGGCAGCAUCUGACGGCAUGCGCUUCACCAUUGAUAAUUUGGGCAAAGACUGCGAUAGGUUGAGAAAGACCCUUCACAGUCUUGGAGAAGCCACUGACCUCAAGAGCACGAAGGGUGAUCCAUUCUUUUUGGACUGCUUCGCCCAGCUUUCUCGUCUUAUUGUUUCCUUGUCUAAGGAGCACUUUGCGUACCUUCCAAUCGAUCCUCCCAAGGAUGUACUGUCCAAGAUACCUCAGGAGCUACCAUCCUUCCUUGAUAAUACCCCGGCAUCGCGUGAACUGCGCUCCGCAUACGUUCAACAUAUCAUCUCGAAGACUUUGACUUACCGAAUCUUCCAUCCGUUUCUUUUCACCUUGGGCAAGAGGUACGGUAAAGCGGACACUUUCUUCCAGAUGCUCUCGAUGGACAUUCGACGCAAGUCUGUGAGACGUGAAGCCUUCUGGAGGCAGCAGACGCUGAAAGCCGCGUACACGACUUCUGAUGCCAAGCAGUCGAUCAACGUUGUGGCCGCUGUGAUUGUUGACGAGAUCAUCGACCACCUUAAACACUUUGCCGACCCUAAACACAUGGACACCCUUCAUACAAGCGUGCGUAAGAUUGUCAAGUUGGCUGCUGAGACGUGGAGACUUGCUCGUGUCGAACGGGAACUCAUCAUGGCUUCUUUCCCAGCGCCCGACUCAGAAGGCACCUCAAAUGAGAUCUGGGAGGAAUAUGGAACCCCGAAAGAAGGCUGUGUCGGCUCCAAGGAGGACCCUACUCGUCACGUCAUUCUGCGAACUUUCCCUCGUAUCAUUCGGGAGGCAGCGCAUGAAGAUUUUGCGGAAGACGAGGAGAAAGCCCUCUCCUGUACUUAUACUCAAGGCAGUGUUUUGUACUCCGACUCCCCUGUGGUUAUGGCUCGACGCCAAGAGCUGGCAAGACGAUCCACGGACUCCCUCGUCGGUGGAGAGGAAAGGCCUCGAAGCGAGUCGAGAGGGUCUUCACGUUCUGACGGAAAGCCCAACUCACCCAGGAGAGGUAAAGCAAGCUUCGAUACCUUGUAG